CCUUUUCAUGCUGCAAAGUGACAUUAAAGUCCAGAGUGCCUUUUUGUCUUUGUGUGGAAAAAUCCAUGGCGACCAAGCAAGAUUUCUCUCUCCUUUUCACACAUUUUACAAGACUUCGCUUUCUAAAGAAAAACAAGCUGAUGAUGUAAUGAUGUGUGUGUGUGUGUGUGUGUGUGUGUGUGUGUGUGUGAUCAUAGAAUCUUUGUGUUGAGCAUGAAAGCCUCAAUUGCUGACAUCGGAUUUUUUUUAUUACCGCCUGGGAUCUUUGGCGUAAACACAUGUGGUUGGAACUCCUCAAGAGAACAGCGGAAAACAAACCGAAAUGUUUGUCACCGUCCUGUUUGGAGUUUGUGUGGACCUCAUGAACCACAACGGGACGGUGGUGAACCUGGAGACCAAACGGUUCACUGUGGACAUGGCCAGCAGCCUGCUAGCUGAGAGAGAGUACUAUGUCCUCCUACAAGUCUGUCGAAAUGACGAUGACGGAAGUCAAAAGUACAUACCCCUCUUACAAAGUGUCAGUCAAAGCCAUCAAGAAUUGACAGAACUCCUGAGGAAACUGUGCGGCCAGGAGGGAGACAAGAAAGACAACGCUCCAAGGAGAGGACGCAUAAACAGGAAGGGUCCUGCUAGCCACAAAGAGCAAGGCAGCAAAAAUGUCUCGGAAGCAUAAAGAACGAAAACAAAGCAUCUUGGUUUAGAUCAGGGGUCUCAAACUCAAUUUACUUGGGGGCCACUGGAGCUAGGGUCUGGGCGAGACUGGGUCGCAUCAGGUUUUCCACAAAAAAAAAAAAAAAAAUGCAUUUAUUAAAAACAGAAAAAUGAAUAAACUUUGCUUUGGUUUCGAUUUUCUACAAGAAAAGCUCUGAUAGAAUAAAGAAAAUCAAUCAGUAAUAAAUAAAUAUAAUAAUAAUAAUAAUAAAACGGCAAAUAAUAAAAACUUAAGAAACCACAUAUAGUUGGUGGGUAGACAAAUUAUUUUUUUCAGAUUAAAAUGAACAAAGCAUUAUUAGAGCCCUGUAGACAUGACAAAACACGACUAUAGUCACAUUUAUACUCUUUUUAUUUACAACAUAUUGCGCAACUGCAGGGUCUUGAGACACAUGCUAACUCGCAAACUAGAGAGCUAGCGACCUAAACGGUAGCCUUCAAGUUAUUUCCUUUAGACUUAAAUAGCCACAAACUUACCACUUCCACAUGGAUAGGGAGGAUAACUAUUAACAGUUAUUUAACCUUUAACAUGAACAUUAAUCAAACGUAAUAAUUUUUUCUGGGUACAUGAUACCAUACAGCAUCCGUAUCAAACUUGCGCGGGCCGCACUAACAUUAAACUUUCAUAUCAAGGCGGGGGCCUCAAACUAGUGUCCUGCGGGCCACAUUUGGGACCCCUGGUUUAGAUGCAGUAUUUAAACCUGUAUUUGGAAUUUCUUGUUACAACACAGUGAAAAGUUGUGUUUAGUAAAUAUAGUAUUCAUGUACAUAACAGAUGUAUGAUCAGAUGUUAACAGUGCCAUUGAAAAAAAAAAAUUAUUUUUUUCACCUAUAAUACUUUUAUCACUUUAAGUCUGUACCAAGUUAUUCAUUCAUUCAUUUUCUACUGCUUUUCCUCACGAGGGUCGCGGGGUUGCUGGAGCCUAUCCCAGCUGUCUUCGGGCGAGAGGCGGGAUACACCCUGGACUGGUCGCCAGCCAAUCACAGGGCACAUAUAGACAAACAACCAUUCACACUCACAUUCACACCUAUUUGGAGAACAUGCAAACUCCACACAGAGAUGGCCGAGGGUGGAAUUGAACCCUGGUCUCCUAGCUGUGAGGUCUGCGCGCUAACCACUAGACCGCCGUGCCGCUGUACCAAGUUAUUAAUGAUACAUGUGUAUCUUAAUGUUUUCUCUUCAAGCAAGCGCUGAGAUUUGGUGGACCUUGAACGCAUCGUAGUUACUGUGAGACACUAAUUACACAAAAUAUUUUGUCGCAUUAGUUUUCUCCAAAUUUGAGAAGACGGAAAAGGUUUUAGUUUAAUGCACACCAGAAUGUGAUGUUGAUAAAAAAGCAUUUGAGUUGCCCAUCCUUUCCAAGUGUCAGUUAAUAACCAACCUCAGCAAACAUUGGUGAAGUCGAGGUACAUCAGCAGGACACAAAAACACUAAAGAAACUAAAAGUUCUGUGCAGGUUAUUGUGUGUAGCUGCUCUAUAGGAGUCCACAACUCAAUGCAAAAGGGCUGAAAAAUUAGCACGAUAGGUGCCCUUUAAAUGUUAAUUCAUCCCGUUCAACAUUUAAAUGUAUUUCUGUGCAUCUGAUGCU